UUCGGGUCUUCGGAGUGAAGAAGCCCGUGUGGUGUAGAGAGUGAAGAUGGCGGACGUGUUGAGCGUGCUGCGACAGUACAACAUCCAGAAAAAGGAGAUCGUCGCCAAAGGAGACGAAGUGAUUUUCGGGGAGUUUUCAUGGCCUAAAAACGUCAAAACCAACUAUGUAAUCUGGGGAACAGGAAAAGAAGGCCAGCCUAAGGAGUACUACACCCUCGACUCCAUUCUCUUCCUCCUCAACAAUGUGCAUCUUCCUCACCCGUCCUACGUGCGCAGAGCUGCGACAGAGAACAUACCUGUGGUCAGAAGACCUGACAGAAAGGACUUGCUGUCAUAUCUCAAUGGAGAAAACUCGUCAUCAACAAGCAUUGACAGAAGUGCGCCCAUUGAGAUUGGUCUUCAGAGGCCGACACAAGUCAAAAGGGCUGCUGAUGAAGUCUCUUCAGAAGCGAAAAAGCCACGGGUUGAGGAUGAAGAACGAGUGCGUCUGGAUAAGGAGCGUCUGGCUGCCCGUCUGGAAGGCCAUAAGGAAGGCAUCGUGCAGACGGACCAGAUCCGGUCGCUCUCAGAGGCCAUGUCUGUGGAGAAGAUCGCUGCCAUCAAAGCCAAAAUUAUGGCCAAAAAGCGUUCCACCAUCAAGACAGACCUGGAUGAUGACAUCACCCUGAAGCAGAGGAGCUUUGUGGACGCCGAAGUGGACGUGACGAGAGAUAUCGUCAGCAGAGAGCGGGUGUGGAGGACGAGGACCACUAUUCUACAGAGCAGCGGGAAGAACUUCUCCAAAAGCAUCUUUGCCAUCCUGCAGUCAGUAAAGGCCAGAGAAGAGGGCCGUGCUCCAGAACAGAGACCAGCACAGAAUCCAACUCAGACGGACCCAUCAAUUAGGAAUAAACAGCCGGUCCCAGCUGCCUACAACAGAUACGAUCAGGAGCGAUUCAAAGGGAAAGAGGAGACGGAGGGAUUCAAAAUCGACACAAUGGGAACCUACCACGGCAUGACUCUGAAGUCUGUGACGGAAGGAGCAUCAGCGCGGAAGGCUCAGACUCCUGCUAUGCAGCCUGUUCCCAGACCAGUCUCUCAAGCAAGACCUCCACCAAACCAAAAGAAAGGUUCAAGAACCCCCAUCAUUAUCAUACCAGCUGCCACCACUUCCCUCAUCACCAUGCUCAACGCCAAGGACCUCUUGCAGGACCUGAAGUUUGUGACGUCCGAGGAGAAGAAGAAACAAGGCAUUCAGAGGGACAACGAGGUGCUGCUGCAGAGGCGUAAAGACGUGGUGCAGCCCGGAGGAUCCGCCAUCAGCGUCACCGUUCCCUACAGGGUGAUCGACCAGCCUCUGAAACUGGCACCCCAAGACUGGGACCGUGUCGUAGCCGUCUUUGUCCAGGGUCCUGCCUGGCAGUUCAAGGGAUGGCCGUGGUUACUGCCUGACGGAUCUCCUGUGGACAUUUUUGCAAAGAUCCGAGCCUUCCAUCUGAAGUACGACGAGGUGCGCAUGGACCCCAACGUGCAGAAGUGGGACGUCACUGUGCUGGAAUUAAGCCACCACAAGCGGCACCUGGACCGACCCGUCUUCCUGCGCUUCUGGGAGACACUGGACAGAUACAUGGUGAAGCACAAGUCCCACCUUCGUUUCUGAGCCUUGUUGCUAUCGUCGCUGUUUGACUCUACCAUGGACAGCUCUCUCUCAGCCUGUGAAUUCGCCUCAACUCGGCCAGCGGUGGACUGUUCACUGUUCACUUCGCCCCCCGCUUCACGACUGCCGUUUGUAACAGCUCUCAACAUAGCUUCAGCUUCUUCCCUGUUUUG